GCGAGUAAAAGUACACUCUUUUUUUCGGACUAAUAAUUACGAUGAGUAUUUUUUAAAAAUUAAAAUACUUUACCGAAAACACAUAGAACACUGUAUUAAUAAUUACUGUAAACAUAACGUGGAGCAACGUGGAGACUCUGCUGACACUUUAUUAGGAAACUAUGGAAAAGACUUUAUUUUUGUUCUUCGUGAUAUAUUCAGCGAGCCCAGUUCAAACAGAGGUUGGAUCCUGUGGCUCCAGGAAUUUCCAGUGUGGCAAUGGGAAGUGUAUUACAAUGAGAUGGAUAUGUGAUGGUACGGAUGACUGCGGUGAUGGCACUGAUGAGCUUCCUGCUUCCUGCAUGGCAAAGACAUGCGAACCCAGUGAGUUCCACUGUGGGGGACGGCUAAACCAGUGCGUGCCUAACAGCUGGAAAUGUGAUGGCAAGGCAGACUGUGAGAACGGUGCUGAUGAAGCCGGCUGCAGUCCAAGACAGUGUCUGAAUCAUGAAUUCCGCUGCAGCAAUGGUCAGUGUGUGUCUCAGGCUUUCGUCUGUGAUGAAGAUGCUGAUGACUGUGACGACGGCAGUGAUGAAGCGGAGUGUCAGCCCACUACCUGCAACCCGGCUGCUUUUAGCUGCAACAACUCUAUGUGCCUGCCACGCAUGUGGGUCUGUGACGGAGAUUCCGAUUGUACAGACGGUUCAGACGAGUGGCCUCAGAACUGCGGCGACCAGUCUUCAUCUCCCAGAAAGCCCUGCUCCAGUGUAGACUUCCAGUGUGGGAAUGGGGAAUGUAUUCCAAAUGUCUGGAGAUGUGAUGGAGAUACCGACUGCCCGGAUCGAUCAGAUGAGAAAGACUGCACCGUAUCCACAUGCCAGCCAGAUCAGUUCCGCUGUGGUGAUGGAUCAUGUAUCCACGGGAUCCGCCAGUGUAACCAGGUGUAUGACUGUCAUGAUAUGAGUGAUGAACUUGGCUGUGUCAAUGCCACCCAUUGUGACGCACCAUCCAGGUUUCAGUGUCGCAGCGGUGAAUGCAUCAGCAUGGACAAAGUAUGUGACAAGCAGCGUGAUUGUAGGGAUUGGUCUGAUGAGCCUCUGCGUGAGUGUGAUUCUAAUGAGUGUCUGUACAACAACGGUGGCUGUUCUCAUAUCUGUAAUGACCUAAAGAUUGGCUAUGAGUGCUUGUGCCCCAGUGGAUUCCAAUUGGUAGACAAGAAAAGCUGUGAAGAUAUUGAUGAGUGCGCCAAUGGGGACGCAUGCAGUCAAAUCUGUGUGAAUCAGGUGGGCAGCUACAAGUGUGAGUGUACUGAAGGUUACCAAGUAGAUCCAACGACCAAAGCAUGCAAAGCUAUUGGAACUGUUGCCUAUCUAUUCUUCACUAACCGCCACGAGGUGAGGAAGAUGACUCUGGAUAAGAGUGAGUACACGCAAGUCAUCUCCCGUCAGAAAAGCAUAAUUGCCUUGGACAUGAACAUGGCCAACAAGGAGAUCUUCUGGUCUGAUCUGUCCCUCAAGAAAAUUUAUAGAGCUCCCAUGGAUGCAGCAUUAGACUCAUCUCAACAUAGCACUGUGAUUGACUCUGGCUUGGAUGCAGCUGAGGGGAUUGCAGUGGACUGGAUCCAUGGUAAUAUUUACUGGACAGAUAGUGUACGUCGUGCCGUCUCUGUAGCUACAGAAGAUGGAAAGAAGCGCAAGACGCUCUUCAGAAAAGACCUGACCAAGCCAAGAGCUAUUGUGGUUGACCCAAUUAAGAAUUUUGUAUACUGGACUGACUGGGGUACGCCUGCUAAAAUUGAGAAGGGUGGCCUGAAUGGAGUUGAUCGCAGCACUUUGGUGUCUGAUAACAUUGUCUGGCCUAAUGGGAUAACGCUUGAUCUGUUGAACCAGCGUCUGUACUGGGUGGACUCUAAACUGCAUACCCUCGCCAGUAUUGACGUGCAGGGAGGUGGCCGUCGUACACUCAUUAUAGACCAGGGCAGACUGGCACAUCCAUUAAGUGUCACAGUGUUUGAGGAGCAAGUAUUCUGGACUGAUGUUAGCAACAACGCUAUCCUGAGUGCUAACCGUGUGACGGGGAAAGACAUCACAAAAGUGGCAGAACACCUUACAUCUCCAGAGGACAUUGUGCUGUAUCACAAUCUGAAACAGCCCAGUGCUGUGAAUUGGUGCAAGAUCAACAACGGUGGAUGCGAGUUCCUGUGCUUGGCCGCACCACAGGUCAGCAUCUUCUCACCCAAGUACACAUGUGCUUGUCCUGACAACAUGAUGCUGGGCAAAGAUAUGAGGAAAUGUGUUCCUGCUGUUCCAACAACAGCACCAUCAAUCCAGCCCAAAGUUCCUACCACAGGCCACCCUCAUAUAACCCCACGCACUAUACCAAAAACGUCUGCCCCAAGAACCAGCAAGACUUCAGCUCCAAUCAUCACCACUGUGGUGAAGACACAAACCACAGAAGCUUCCAGAGCCAAAACCUCCCCAGGCAACACUCAUUAUGAAGUGACCACACAGACAAACAGUCAUGGUGCUGUCGCUGCAGUCAGAAAAGAAUCGUCAACAUUGCUGGCACUUUACAUUGCAUUGCCCUUGGUGGUGUUAUGCCUCCUGGGAUUUGGUGGCAUGUUGCUGUGGAGGAACUGGAAGCUGAAAAACACCAACACCAUUCAUUUUGAAAAUCCAGUCUACCAAAAGACCACAGAGGAUAAAGUUCAUAUCUGCAAGAACUACAGCUCUGAUGGCUACUCCUACCCUCCGAGGCAAGUUGUCAGUCUUGAAGAUGAAUUAUGAACUCUACCAUAUAUGCUAGGACUGACAACAGUAGUCCUGCAGUAACAAGCUGUAACAAGCUCCAAGAAUGGACAUUUGGAGAUUGUGUCCAAGGACAGCAUCACUUUUUAGAGGCAGUUCCUGGGGCAGGCUCAUCCAGGCUCAUUUACUGCAGACUUCUACAAAACAGGAAACAAAGAAACCUCAAAAAUCACUGACCUCUCAUGAAAUUGUAACUUUUCAAAGAGAAAGCGACCACAUGAGUGUGUAUGUAGUAUGUGUGUAUGUAAGACAAGACUGCAGUAUUGUUAAAUAGAGUAUUCUCUUUGAAGACAUAUUGUAAAUAUUGUGUAUGUGGAGUUUUACAUUUUGGAAUGAAUUAUAAAUGCUAGUUCACACACCACUAUAUGGGAUACACUAUAUGGCCAUAUGACCUUUAUGUGCUUUUUGAACAUCCCAUUUCUGAGUUCGUCCUCCAUUAUUCUUAUAAAAACCUCCACUAUUCCCAGAAGCCUUUCCAGUAGAUUUUGGAGCGUGGCUGUGGGGGUUUGUCCAUUCAGCCCUAAGAACAUUGGUGAGGUUGUGCACUGAUGUCAGAUGAGGAGGCCUGGUACACAUUCGUCAUUCAUUCGUCAUUCCAGUUAAUCCCAAAGGUGUUCAGGGAGUUGAGGUCACAGGUCCACUCCAACCUUUUCAAACCAUGUCUUCAUAGACCUCACUUUGUGCACAGGGGCAUUGUCUUGCUGGAACAGAUUUGGGCCCCUUAGUUCAAGUGAAGGGAAAUUGUAAUACUACAGCAUACAAAGACAUUCUAUACAAUUACACGGUCUCAACUUUGUGGCAACAGUUUGGGGAAGAACCACACAUGGGUGUGAUAGUCAGGUGUUCACAAAUGUAAAUAUAUAGCCAUAUAGUGUCCCAAAAAUACCAAAACCUCAGGUCAUACACAUAUAUUUAUGGCUAAUGCUUAAUAGGUUUUUGUCAGUAGUGAAUUAAGUACCACCUCCUGCUCCAUGUAAAACAUCAGUUCAUGUUGAGCACCUCAAAAUGUGCUCUUGUAAUCACAGAUGAUCUGUACAGCAGCACUGGUUUGAUAAACCAAAGUCUAUGAUAAAUGUAAACUUGAUGAGGCCUUGUAGUUGAUUAGUCCAUCCAUCCAUCAAUCCAUCCAUCCUCUAUACCGCUUAUCCUUUUCAGGGUCACGGGGAACCUGGAGCCUAUCCCAGGGAGCAUUGGGCACAAGGCAGGGUACACCCUGGACAGGGUGCCAAUUGUAGUUGAUUCGUUUUUUAUAAAAUAUAAAAACACUGUUGAAUACAAAUCAGUAACCCAGCAGUAUCUCAUGGCUUAAAAGGAAUUAAAGGAUACUGGUAGAUGUAAAAUACAACAGACAAUGCUACCAAACAAAGUGGCCAUACCUGCUCUAGUGCAUGUGCCUAUGCUGUUAAGGAUUAUUUUUAUGGUUGAGGUUUUUUUAAUGUCAUUGUUCUGUUUGUUUGACUCCGCAGAUUAUUCGUUAGUGUUGUUUCAUUUUGUUGUAUUGUUCAGUGAUCCCUGUGUUUAAGAUGUGAGACCAGUCAGUGCAUGUACAUCAUUCAUCCAUGAGGAUGUGUAAAUAAUUUAUUCGCGUAUGUAAAUAAAAUUUUUUGUCACCCUUUGGA